AUGAAAAAAAGGAGUAUGCCACAUUUUAAUUUACCUAAUAAAAAGUGGAAUAUAGUAGAAGACAGUUUGGUGUAUCGUAUUGUUAAGGAUAAAGAAGAUAAAAUUUACAAAAAAAUAUAUUCUUUUGAUUUAGAUAAUACAUUAAUUCUUUCUCGUACAUAUUUUAAACCUGCUCAAAAUGAGCAUGAUUAUAUAUUUUAUUCUGAUAAUGUAAUAGAUUUUUUAAAAAAAAAAUAUUCGGAAAAUUAUAAAAUUAUAAUUUUUUCUAAUCAAAAAGGAGUAAGCACAGGAAAGAUAAGUCUAUUAAAUAUUAUAAAUAGAGUUGAUGAUGUUAUAGAAAAAAUAGGUAUACCUUUAGAGUGUUAUUUAGCUUUAAGAAAUGAUAAGUAUAGAAAACCAAGAAUAGGAAUGUAUAAUUUUGCUAAACAAAAUAACAAUAAUGAAAUAGAAGAGAUAAUUUAUGUUGGGGAUAAUGCAAACAGAACCUAUGACGACAAUUUUAAAAGGCUAUAUAUUAAUCAUUUAAAAUAUAUAUAUGCUAAAAAUAAUGUAAAAGUUGAUAUUGAUGAAAUUUAUAAAAAAUUAAAAAAAGAUUACACAGAUACUGAUUUAAAAUUUGCUUUAAAUAUAAAUGCAACUUUUUAUACACCUGAAGAAUUAUUCUUAAAUAUAAAAAAUAAAAUAUCAACCAAUUUUCCAUUUGAUCCAAAGGACUUAAAUAAAAAUUUAGAAAAUACAAAUAAAUUACAUUAUUUCAUUGAAAAAAAUAAAAAUGAAAAAUUAAGUGAAGAAAAAAUGAAUAAUGCUAUUGAGAAAGAAAAAAAAGAAACUUUAUUAGAAAAUAUAGAAAAAAAUCCUAAGGAAAAUUAUUAUCAAAUGUUAGUCAUUUUAAUAGGACCCCCCGGAUGUGGAAAAACAUUUUUAUGCAAAAAUUAUUUUUCUGAUUUCAUUAAAAUUAAUUUAAGUGAAUUAAAAACAAAAAAAAAAUGUUUAGAAGUUUUAAAAGAAAGUAUUAUUCAAGGAAAAAGUGUUAUAAUGGAUAAUGGUAAUAGAAGUGUAAAUGACAGAGCAAUAUACAUUAAUGAAGCUAAGAAAAUAAAUAAAAAUAUAAAAAUUGAAGCUAUUUAUUUUAAUUACCCGAAAGAUUUGGUGUUUCAUUUAAACACUUUUAAAUUGAUCACUGAUAAGUCAAAUGAAAUUAUAGAUAUCCCCACAAUUGCUAUUCAUUCUUUUUAUAAAUAUAUUGAAGAGCCAUCACCAAAAGAAAACUUUGACAAAAUAACAAUAUUAGAUGAAAAAAAUUUUUUACCAUCAAAUUUUGAAAAUAGUGAACAAAAAAAAUUAUUUUUUUUAUAUUUAAAUUAA